UCGUUUUGCUGCCGGAAAUUAUAUCGAUCAAAAUGUUUAAGAAAUUGAAGCAGAAACUUGAAGAUACCGACAAAUCGCCGGUUAAACCACAGUCCCCGAGGAGUAAUGCUGCACAGUCCCCUCGUACAAAAUUCCCCUCUGGGCCAGCAAGAGAUUCUGUUAACAGCAGAAGAGCCCCAUCUUCAGCCACUCCUAAAAAAGAACAGGAUACUGUUCACCAACAUGAAGGACAGGACAAAACACAAACAGAUUCUGGUAAAAAUGAUCAGUUGGCAGCUGGGGAUGCAGGGGCUACUGCAGAGGGAGAAGAAUCUAAAGAGAUUGUGCAACAGGAACAUGGGGAACACACAGAGGACCAGGCACAUGCUGACAGUAUUCAGAACUCCACUGCAAGCACACCACUUCUUUAUAGUACUCCGAUGAAGGACUUUAACCGUUCACGCAGUGAUUCUCAAUCCUCGUCUGUAUCCGAUAGCCCCUUUUUUCCGCAAUAUGAAACACCACAGAGAAUGUACCAACCCUCGGAUACUGAGAGUGAGAUUGAUGAACCGGUGGCGUACCUGGAUCAAUUUUCAAAGGAAGAUCUUUUCUAUAAAUUUAAGAAAACGGACACAAGACUGCAUCGAUAUAAAAACAAAUUCCUGGAGGUGGUAGCUGCUUAUAAAGACCAACAGAAAGAAAAUGAAAAGAUUAAGGGCAUUAUGGCACAAACGCAGGACAAAGCAUUACGAAGGAUAUCUGAGUUAAAAGAGGCUGCUCAGUUAGAUCGGCAAGCUAAAGUUCACUUGGAAGAGAAUUAUCAACUAAAUCUAGAAGAAAAAGAUGAAUUGAUAGGUGUAUUACAAACACAGGUUCGUCUUUUGAAACAAGGUAUCAGUCCAGAUGAUAUUGACAAAGCCGAUGUUAUGAAAGAUGAAAGGGAUGAAAAAAUUAAUACUUUAAAAGAGAAGGUUAAAAGACAGGAAGGUUUGUUGAAUAAAUGCAAAGAGACCAUCAGAAACAAUAAAGAGAAGACUGCGCAACUGAGUAAAGAGAAAGAAAAUCUUCAGAAACAACUCGAUGAUAAGUCAAAGGAGCUUCAGAAAGCUGAGGAGUUGCAGAAAGAAGCCAAGUCUAUGAUUGAACAGUUAGAAAGUGAUAAAGCCAUUGGUAUCGCCGAGGUGAAACGGCAAAUGUUUGAAGAGAUGGAGAAGAGGGAUUCAGAGAUCAGUGAUCUCAGGAAUAAACUGAGAAAAAGUGUGACUGAAAAAGAUGAGAUCCAACAACAGAAAGAAGCAAGUGAUAAACUUGUACUAGAAGUUAAGCAGCAGCUAGAAGCAGCUGAGAAGAGAGAGGAUGAGGAGAAAACCAACCUAGUACAGGAAUUAUCUAGAGGAAAACAAGCUGUAAUCUCUCUCAUGCAGCAAGAGCGAGAGAAAAUGAAGGAAGAUUUAUUGAAAGAAAAGGAGGAUGCCUUGAUGGAGAAGGACAGAUUACAGCAAGAAGAACUGACAAAGAAAGAUAUUUUCUUAAAGGAAAUGAUUGCUAAAAAGGAACAAGAAUGUAAAGAAAUCAUAGAAUCCAAGGAGACGGAACAUGAACUUUCAUUACAGAGGAAAGAAGAUGAAUACAAGAGAUUUGUAAAGGAGAAACAUGAAGAUAUGAUGAUGGCGAUUGAGGAGAGAGAAUUACAAAAGACUGCUGCAUUGAGUGCACAAGAUAACAAGAAAGAUGAAUUACAACGAGUCAUUGAUGCAUUAGAAACUGAAAAACUUGAACAAGAAAGUUAUAUGCGUAAACUGAAAGACAGUCACGCUGUUGAGAUCAAAGAGUUCAGUAAUAAAAUUGAAGAAAUUUCCAAGCGGAAUAAGAACACCUUUAACAAGCUGAAAGACCAAUAUGAGAAAAAAAUUGAGGAGCUGCAGGAAAAACAUGAUAAGGAAAUAAAGACUAAAGAUGAAGUUACGAGGCAAGAGCAUAAACAGUACAUUGAAGAAAUUACUAGAGCACAUGAGGAAAAAGUGGAAACUAUUACAAAUGAACUAGAAAGUCAAAGCCAGGCACAGAAAGAAGAGAUCAAUCGGACUCAUGAAAACGUGAUUAUGGAGAAGAUGGAUCAAAUAAAGAAGCUUAGUGCAUCUAUUGAUGGUCUGAAACGUAACAAUGAAGGACUAACUAAAGAUCUUUCUGAUACAGAGACAAAGGUGAAGGAACUGGAGCAAAAACUACAGACUGAAGUGAAUAACCAUGUUGCGGACAUACAGGAGAAGGUGGGACAGUUGCAAGAGCAGGUUUCUCAGAAUGAUCAAUUCAAAGAGCAGGUUAAUACACUCAAACAGAACAUUGAACAACAAAUGCAGGAGCAUGAAAAUGAAAAGGUUGUGUUGCAGCAGAAAUUAGAAAAAGAAACAAACAUUCUGAGUGAUCAAGUGAAAGAAGGUGAAUCAAAAAUAAAAGAACUGGAGACACAACUAGAACAGUUGGGUGCAUUGAAAGAGUCAUUAGAACAAAGUCUUGCUGAGAGUUCUAAAACUGGGGAUGAAGCAAUAGGUGUUCUUCAUUUGGAAAAACAGGAACUUGAAACAAGCUUGAAAGAUCUUACGAAUGAGAUUCAAAAGCUGAAAGAGGUGAAUGAAAGCCUUACUGUGAGUGUGGAAGAGAAAGCAAAAGAACUUGAGUCACAGCAGGAUAACAAUGAAAGACAGGUACAGCAGUUCACUGAGGAAAAGAACAUGUUGCUGAAAAAUCUUGAAGACAGAAGUAAAGAGAAAGAGGACCUGGAGAAUCAGGUAAAGCUACUCCGAGAAGAACAUGAAGAGGCGGUAAACAAGUUACAUGGAAAGAUACAAGAAUUUGAAUCUGAUCUAAUAAAACUGCAUGAAGUGAGACAGAGUGAAUCAGAGCAGAGUGAUAAGCAAAUAAAAACUCUUCAAAAUGAGUUAGAACAAAGAUCAGAAGAGAUUAAUAAUCUGAAACAACAGACUGAGACCCUUGGAAAAGAGUUAGAUGUGAAAAUUAGAGAUUAUGAUCAUAAAGUGUCAGAAUAUGAACAGAAAUUGCAGUUUCAAGAAGAACAUCACAAGCAUGAGAUGGUUAGGAAACUUGAGGCUUUGGAAAUCCAGAAACAGAGCUAUGUUGGCGAAAUUUCAACAGAGCUUGGAACUAAGUUGGAAGAAGCAAAUGAGACCAUUGGACAACAAGAGACUACAAUCCAAGAACUGAAAUUGAGGCAACAGGAAUUAAAUAAUACUAUAGAGAAUCUGACUGCUGAUCAUGAGAGAUUGAUUAACGAGGUUGGUGAAAAGCAUACUUCAGAGAUUGAAGGUUUGCAGCAACAGAUUGCUUCAUUGCAAGAACAACUGCAUCAGAUGAAUGAGAAACUUGCAGAUCAGGUGAAAUAUCUAGAAACACAGCUUGAAGAGAAGAACUCUGAAAUGCAGGCUGUCAAUGAACAGCAUGCAAAAGAAAAAGAACAUUUAGAAAUUCAGCUUGUAGAAAAAAAUACUGAACUCGACAACUCACACCUGCAACACACUGAAAUUGUAAACAGCCUAGAAACUCAGCUGGGAGAGAAGGGUACUGAAAUAGCACAAUUGAUGGAGACUGUUGCUAAGAGACAGGAGGAGAUGUGUGCUUAUCAAGAGAGUGUUGAGAAAUUAGAAAAUGAUUUAAGAAUUAAAGAGGAUGAGCUGUGUAAUCUACAGCAGGAAAUAUCUAGUCUUAGAGAACAAACUGGUGUAAGUGAAGCUAAGUCAACUGAAAAGAUUUUAAAACUGGAGGAGGAUAUAGCCAGAAAUAUGGAGGAAUUGUCGAGUUUACGUCAAGAAAUGUCAGCUACCGAAGGAGGGCUGCAACAAGAUAUUCGUGUUUUGAAAGAACAGGCAGAGACCAUGGAAAAGAACCAUGUUGAAGAAGUGGAAAAACUGAGGGCAGAGUAUGAAGGAAGAUUGCAAGAGGAAAAAGAAAGUGUUACCAGGAGACUCGAAGAAGUGGAGAUGGAGAAGAAGAAUAGUGUUGAUGAAGUUACUUCUGAACUUAGUAGUAAGAUUAGUGAACUCCAAAGUGCAUUGCAAGAAAAAGAAGCCUUAGUUGAGGAAAUGCGACAUAUUGAGCAGGAGCUUAAAAAUGGCAUGGACAAUCUCAGAACAACUCAUGAAACAAAGAUGCAAGAGAUGAUGGGAUUGCAUGAGGAAAAAGUGAAUGACUUAAAUCAUGAACUUGAAAAACUUAAUCAGGAAUUACAAGAGGCUGCUCAACAAUAUUCUGACGGUGUUGUGAAAUUUGAACAAGAGAAGCAUGGCAAGGAAAUGGAACUCCGAGGGCUUCUUGAAGAAAAGAAUAACAGACUUCUAGAAAUUGAAGAAAGUGAGAAACAGCUGCAUGAGCAGAUUGAAUGUUUAAAAAAUACCCAACAAGAAGAAACUUUGUUGAAAGAUAAAGAGUUUGAAGAGAAGACUGAAAUGUUGACAACUGAGCAUGAAAAAAAAAUUAAUGAACUUAAUGAAUCUCAUAAAACCCAGUUCAUGGAACUGAAAAACCAGGCAAAAAGUAAGAUAUCUACAUUGAAAAAACAGAUAGAGGACAUCAACCUUCAGUUUCAACACAAAGUUACAGAGUUUGAAAAAAUGGAAAAGUCCUUUCAAGAAAUAAAGCAUGAAAAAGUGUUGGUGACCAAAGAGAAGGAGGAACUCACUGAAAAACUGCUGGGUAAAAUUACUGAACUUCAAAACAAUACUGCAGCAGAACAGGAAAGACACGAGAUGCUUAUGGUAGAAAAUGAUAAUAAACACAGAGAAGAGGUUACAAGGAUUGAAAACGAGUUGCAGACUAAGAUGAAUCAGAGGGAGGAAGAGUUCAAUAAAAAGUUUACAGAUUUGCUGCAGGAGAAGGAACUGGGAAUUGGAGAUGUCACUGCCAGGAUGGAGACUAUGAGAAAGGAAGAGAUGGAGAGGAUAUCUGCUCAGUUUGGGAAGAAGUUUGUAGAAGCACAGGAAACACACAAAAAGCAGCUACUUGAAUUGAGGGACCAAGCCAAAGCAAAGAUUGGAAGUGUGAAAUCUCAGUUGCAGGAACGGGAAAAAGAAUACAAUGCAAAAAUGGAUGAAACUAUAAAAGCUAAUGAGGAGAAAUUUGAAAACUUGAUAAAAAAACAUUCUGAACAAGUGCAAUCGCUUGAAACUGCCCACCAAGAGAAAAUCUUAGCAUUUGAGAAGCAGAGUGAGGAGCAAAAGGAGGGUUUGAGAAAUGAGUUUAAAAAGGAUGUGGAAAAUGUCAAAAGUGAAUACCAAGAAAAGAUGGAGAAUCAAGAGAAAGAUUAUGUGAAUCGCAUCAACAUUUUACAAUCUGAACUAGUAGAACUAAAAGAGGGGAAUGAACUUGCAGAGAGAUUAAAAUUACAGUCACAAGAACUCAAAGAUCAGUCCAGGAUCGAAAUUGAAAACUUGAAUAGUGAACAUUGUAAGAAUGUUAAUGCUUUGAAAGAGGCACAUGAAAGAAACAUUGAUGAAUUAAGGACUAAACAUAGUAGUACGUUGAAGGAAGCGAGUGAACAGCUAGAGACAAGGAUACAAGAACUUGUUGAUUCUAACCUUGAAAUUCAGGCAGAAUUGAAAACGUCACAUGAUCAGUUUGAAGAUUUGACUCAGAAACAUCAAAUGCUGAGUGAAACAUACAAAUCUGAAAUCUCAGAAUGGGAGUUGAAACUUGAAGAACAAGAAAAAGCAUUCUUUGAAGAGAGAGAGUCGCUGAUCAAGCAGAUGAAGGAACGAGAGCAUCAGGCGCAGAUGGGUUCACAAGAACUCCAGGGACAUUUGCAGAGUAAGGUGUCUGAGAGUGAACGUUGCAUGUCGGAGAUGGCUGUAAAACACAGCAUUGAGCUGGAAACACUGAAGCAGUCAUAUGAAUCAAAGCUUGAAGACUUAAUUCAGGAGCACACAUCAAAAAUACAGGAAAUUGAGUUUCAAGGGACAGAGAGAGUAACAGAACUAGAAACCACAUGUCAAGAUUUAAUGCAAGGGAAGGAGCAAUUAGUUUUAAGCAUAACUGCUAAAGACAAUAAUAUUAGUGAUUUAGAGAGCCAGGUUAAGAAUCUUAGUGAAAAAUGUGAUAUUACUGAAAAAAAUAACUUUGAAAUUUUGGAAAAGUUUGAAGCCAGACAGAAAGAAAUAGAAGAACUUAAUAAAAAACUUAACACUGCCAAUGAGAGUAUCCACCAAUUUACACUUCAGAAUACUGAAGAUCUGCAAAAGAAAACUGCAGAUGUACAAGAUUUACAAUCUACAAUAGAUGCCUUGCAUGCAGAGAAGGUGAAAGCACUUGAAGAACAAGCAGCUCAGUUGCAAGAAGAAAGCAAGACAAAGUUAGCAGAACUGAAAAAGAAAGCAGAGACCAUGAUGGGUCAAAUUAAGAGGCAACUGUUGGCUCAGGCUGAAGAGAAAGAUAAAAAACUGUCUGAGUUUGAGGGCAGCGCUGAUAAGAUGAAAGAGACAAUUGCAAAGCAGGAGAAGGAUUUAGAUGAGAGGUUAUGCUCUGUAAGAGAAUUGGAAAAUAAAUUAACUGCUGCUGAGCUUGAAAAAGAACAGAUACGGAUAAGUUUAGCAGAAGAACAAAACAAAUUACAAACACUAGAGGAAAGACUGAGAGAAAAGGACGCCCUUGUGCAAGAAAGUCUGCAAGGUACAGAAGAGAAACAGAAAAGUGACGUUGAGAAACUUAAAACAAUUAUAGCACAGUAUAAGCAGAAGGAAACUGAUUCAGAGAAGAUUGUGUCUGAUUUAAAAGCUGACAACAAGAAGAAACUUGAAGAGUUGGAAGAGAAAUACAAGGAAAUAAUUGAGACCAACAAAAAGGAGCAAGAAAUAGAAAUGAAGAAAUUGAAUGAAGAUGUUGUGUCUAAGAAGGAAGAUAUUGAACAGGAUCAGAAUUUGAAAUUGAAACAACUGCUGAAAGAGUUUAAUAUACGAAUGGCUGAGAAGGAAAGAGAAUUUGAAGAAUCGUUGCAUAGUGUUAUAGAUAAAGCUGAGAAUCAAGAAGAGCAGCUGUCAAAAGAAAACAAACGUCAAGUUGAUGAUUUACUCAAGGAAAUAAAACAACAAGAGAAUAAACUUGAUGCUGCUGACAAAGAACUUGAGAUGGAGGAACAGCGGAAAGAGUAUGAAAUUAAACUGCAAGAGCUGGAAAACGAUUUCAAAACAAGAGUUGGUGAACUAGAAAAGAAAAUGGCUGACAAUGAACGCAAGUUAAAAGUUGCUUUCAAAAAGAAGAUGAAAGAUCUUGAGAACACGCACCAAGAAGAAGUAGCUGGAUUAAGUAGAGAAUGGCAGAUGGAGAGACAGUUUUCCAGUGGCAGUCAUGUUACCUCCCAAGUUCCACCCUCGCAGGAACUCGUCAAACAACGAAAUAUAGCUGUGGCUGCUUCCCAAGGACAAGAGUCAUCCUUGAGUAUGCUUGAAAAACAGGCAGCAGAGCACAAAGAGCAGAUAGAAGAUAUAGAGAAAAGGCAUAGAAUUGACUUAGCUCAGAUGCAGGAAAUGACGCAAGGAAGUCUUCCACCACCUUUAAUUCAAGAAGGACCAAUCACUCCGGUCAACUCAUCCAAAAUUAAAAAGGUCACCUUUGAUGAAGACUAUGAAGAGUCUCAACUGCAGGAGUUAGAAUUCAGGAAUUUGGAUCUUGAGGCGGAACUUGCUCAGACCAAGGGAGAAUUGAAUGAGAUGCAAAUGGCAUUUAAAGCACUUGAAGCCAGAUUUGAACACACAAUGAAUUCAGCGAAGAAAGAAGUGUCUAUGGCUUACCCAGGAUCACCAUAUACUGGUAACAGUUCAUCGUUACCAUCAAGUCCAGGUGCCUGUGGUCCUUUGCUUACUGAACAAACUGAAUUAGAGUAUUUAAGAAAAGUGUUGUUUGCGUAUAUGACUGGUAAAGAGACUAAGACCAUGGCCAAAGUUAUAGCAGCAGUAAUGAAGUUCUCGCAGGAAGAAACAGCCCUGAUUAUUGCCAAAGAAGAGAACAGACAAAGUGUAUUGACAUGGAUUGCUUCUCCGUAGCACACACCUGGGUUCACCCGUUAAAUGUGCAGAACACAAAUCGUGGUCAUCAUCAUCUGACGAGGAAUCUGAUUAUGAUGGUCUUGAUUCACCCAAGUUUUACUCUCUGACCAGAAAGGAAACAUCAGUGUGAAAUCUUCCAGCGGUUCCAUCUCCCACCAUGUAGCUACAAUCGGUGUAUUUAUUUCUGUCACUAUGGUACUGAAUGCUUGUGAUUCGUAUU